AGACAACAACCUGCCUGUUGCUAGUAGCAACAGUACCUUUAAUUCAUCCACCACAAAUCUUUACGAAUUGCUGACAAAAACUGGUCAAGUUUUGAACUUUUCAGGUCAGAACCAAUGAAUGAUAUUUAUCAUUUGUUUAUUUUACUCAUCCAUGUUCAUAGGGCCGUAUAACUGGAAAAAAAAAAAACUUCUUUCAUCAAACUGACGCUGGCAGACUAAACAAUAACGGCUAACUUGCAAACAAACGCCUCUUUCGGUUUCCUCCGACAAUCAUCCUUUUUUGUAAAGAGAUAAAGUAAGUAUAUUUGUAUUCAUAUCAUGAAUUGUAAAUAAGCAGAAGUUUCAGGCUGAUAACUUAAUUCACUGAAAGGAACAGUCGUUAUCUAAUGUUGCUGUCUGAUGUUGGUGUAGUAGCUAGCGUAUCGGUUAGCUAAAGCGGCGGGAGCCCUGGUGUUUCGUCAAAUACUGCUACCACCGAGAUGUGCUUCUCAGCGGCACUGCGCGCUUGUGCGCAUGCGGGGCGAGCGGGGGGGUCACUGGGGGUUAGGUUGUCACUGCAGCCCAGAUAAUGACGUUAAUCUUCAGAGAUAAAGUCGUGGUUUUGUGUUUAGGUAUAAAAACAUACUCCUUAUACUCUGAACUGUAAAUUGGAGUAAGAAAGGUUGGCCAUGACUCCAGACAAGCCCAACUGCGUUUCUCCAGGAGACGGUGGAAAAAUACAGAUUAGAUUGUUGCUAUUUGAGUGUUGGCUCGUCAUUGUGGAGACGGCCAUGGCAAACAAUCUGAUAACCUGUCUGACACACUGAGAGACAUGACGGACUUUAAAAUCACCAUGUAGUUCAACUUUGACCCUUGGCAAAAAGGCAGUUUGUUUGGUCCAAAAUGCAAUAUUAACUCCAGGGGAAGAAACAACUUUUUAAACCACACUGACAUUUUAGAUCCUUUAAUCCAUAGCAUGUCUGUGUUCUGUGUGAUUUGUACAGGUCCAUCAACACCAGCAGGAUGGACAGCCCUGGGACAGAGUUAGACCCAGCACAGGAAGAAUGUUUAAAUGUUGAAACUGAUUGUUCAUUUUCCAAAGAAGGAGGCCAAUAUGUCCUCUCUAAGCCUGCAGGGGCCCCUAUGUUAGGAGGACCCUCCUCAGCUUUCAGCCUGCCUGGAGAAGAUCCCCCUCCUCAGCAGCAGGGUAUCCACACCAUGAUGGGGUAUCCUCAGAACUUUGGGUAUAACAUUCACUCGUACUAUGAACUCUUGUUUUAAAGUAGAGCCACCAGCCCGUCAUAAGGAAAAGUGGUGUUUAGGAAUCAAGGCUUUUAUGUCAAAAAAAGUCUGAGAGUCAUACAGGAACACUCAAACUUUUCAGCCUCAACAUUAUGCACCUCAACAAUCGAUCCAAUAAAACAGCCCUGCUUUGAGUCCACUUCACAAAUACUAAGUUUUUGUUUAGUCAUGAGUUGACAAAUGUGCUCCUGAUAUUUUACUGCCCUCGUGUUUGUGAAUGAAAAAAACAAAAUAUCAGGGACACAUUUCAGUAUAACACACUCCAUUACAGCACCACCCACAACAUCUUUAAUCAUAAAUAUAAUGAGAGAUAAACAAUACUGUUGAUACGUAGUACGCAGAUCAUUUCAGACUCAUUUAGGCUGAUGCUGACAUCAAAACCAAUAUUGUUUUGUCGUUGCAAAGAACAUUAAGUAUCUCCUGUACCAGAUUUACCUGUUACUUUUAUUGUGGCUGUUUGAUUAAUUUCAGUAGAAGACAUCAAACAAGGUGAAUAAUAUUUAAUUCAUUCAUUUUUCAAACAUAUUCAUUUAUGUGUCUGCUGCCUGUUGAUGGCACUAAAAUACUUCGAUACAGUCAUGUAUGAUGAAAUGUUUUAGUAAGUUCAAUUUAUAUGUCACUUUUGUCUGCCACUCAAUAUCAGCAGAUAUUUCUCAACUAAUUGUUUGUAUCCACAGAUAGUGAGAAUGUACUUUUCAUCUUUUAUCUGCUAGCAUCUGCUGAUAUGAUUCAGAUAAUGUCCCGCAUCCCUAAAUGCGAAGUAGUCUGAUCAUGUUAAAAAAAAGCAUAAAAAUUUAGACGCUCCUUGAAGUAGGAUUUAAGGAAAUCAGUUGUUUGGAUGGCAGUAGGUGUCGCUGGUGUACCUGCUGUUCUUAUUGGCUGGUGUAUAUCUGGGGCUGCUAUGUCGUUAUUUGGAGAGGAUAGGAGAGCAGGAAUAUGAGAGUGACAUGUGGAGAAGGGUCGCAGACCAGGAUUGUUGCAUUUCUACAUGAGGGGCAGGACUUCACCACAAUACUAAACUGGGACUCCUGUUGCUUUAAUAAUUUAGUUGUAUAUUAUGCAGCUUGAAAGUCCUUAAAAACCCAUAAAACUUGUCAGACACAUCAGAAAUGGCUAGAAAUAUGUUCUUUCUUUAUUCUUUUAUAUUUGGAAAUAAGUACAAAUGUGGGAAAAAUAGGCGUAGACCUCGUUCUCAGCUUAACUUUGCCUCAUUUAAUAAUUAAUUUAUAAUGUUUGAUUUCUUCCUUGUUUUAUGCUUUAAAAACAUUUCCUCUGCCUUGUUUUUCCAUCAUGACUCAAAGGUUUUGAAUAUAACUUUUUACAGGUUUUAAAACAUUUACUUAAAAGGUUCCUGUGUCAGUCGUGUCACAUCCUUCCUCUGAAAUAAGUUUUCAUUUUUGUGUUGAAGGUUUCUGUGUCCAUAUCACUCUUCUCAGAGUCAGACUGCUUCAAACUACCCACAGUCACACCCGUACUACUUCCUCCCUGGGUGAGUUAUCUUUCACCAACACUGAGUUGGCCAUAUUUACUGUGAGGAAUACAAACCUUAUAGCUUGAUCUUUCGCCCCACCCACUGGUGAAUUUAAGAAUGACACCUGGACAAAGAUGGGAGCUGAAACCAUCUGAACAAACAUGUAGACUGUAUCUGGAAUGGACGUCCUUUGCCUCCUUGCUGGGUGUAGCCUCUGAGAACAGCACCCUCUGGUGACUGGCUGCAGUAUAGGCCAUAAAUUCAGCCCCCUCCAGUAAACCUUAUGGAGCUGUGGACAAACAUUAGGAAUUAAUUACACAGAAUAUAGAAAUUGUGUGAACGCUACUGUACAAAUUCAGGAAUUGGAGAAAAUUCCUGAAAAUACCAUACUGUACCGGGAGGCGGAGCCACAUUGGCCAUAAUAUAUGUACAGCCUAUGAACAUACAUUUGAAAAUAGGAUUAUAAUUUAAUUUGUCUGUAAACUAUGAGAUGUAACAUCAUUGUUAACUGAUAAUAUCCUAAACCUACCCUGUUUACUUUGUAUCUGACCUGUGCCUGAGUACAUGCAGACCUUCAAGGAAGUGAAAUCAUGUUUUAAGAAUAAUCACGUGAUUUUAAUCAGCUCUGAUUUCCUCAGACCUGGUCCUGGUUUGUCUAACAGCAGCCAUAUGACCUACCUCUCUGCUCCAUGGUUUCCUUAUGAACCUGGUCUCAACAGCAGCAUGAUGACAGUGAGUAUUCAGGGCCACAUUUAUGGAUAUAUACCAAGUAUACAUUCUUGACAUGCUGUGUAAAUCUGUGCUGUGUGGUUUUAGCGGGACGCUUUCUACCCUGUUGCUGGUCCCUUUGACUCACAGGCAGUGGACCCUCAGAGAGAAACGCCCCAUCACACACCACCUGUAAGUGCAAUAUAACCUAUCCAGUGUUAAAAAGGAUAAUACCAUCAGUGCUGAUUAUUCAGAAUCUGUGUAGUCCACAGAGGUCUCCUUUAAAACAACAUAAAAACAGAUGAAGAGAGUUAUGGGUAAAUGUGGAUGUCUCACCAGCAGUUGUUUUAGCAGGACUUUCGGGCCUCCAAGCUGAACUGAAGGUAUUUGAAUCAAAACAGCACAGUGUGUUUUUUUCAUCAGAAUGAGAUCAGUGUUCACCAUCACAAAGAUUUAAUACAAAAGGGUCCCAGUAAUCCUGACCACAUCCUUUCAGUGUGCAGAAGUUACACUCAGAAAAGCACCUGGUAACACUUUACAUGAACUCAUCUCUAUAAUGCAUCAUCGGCACAUUUAUAAAGCCUUAUGGGUGCAUCUUUAGUUUGAAUCGUAAGAUAAUACUGACAAUGAAAAUCAAAGAUAAGAAACUACCAGUCCAACUUUUGAGAGUCUAGAGGAAGUUUGUUGCUUUAGGUUCAAUGUCUCAAGGUUCAGUCAGUGGUGAUAGUCCUCUACUCUACUGUGCAGGUGCUGUGUAAUGAGGAGAGAGGUGGACAGGAGAUGCUGGCUGAGCCCUGUGAGUCAGGACCUGUAUUUUACACCCUGACACCUGCAUCAAUACUCAGAGAAGAGGACUUGACUCAGAGGGGACACGAGGAACAGUUUACAUACAGUAGGUUACAUGACUUCUCUGGUUUAAUUCUGUACCUGAUUCUGACACUGCUAUGAGCUGAUAACCAAAAAGACCCCCAUUCCUCUCUGCUGAGACUUUCAAAAAGUGUCUGAAGAGCGUUACCUUCAUCAAUCUGUAAGAAAUGUGGCUUAACAGGGCUCUAGUGAUAAAGAUUCUGCUCUUUGUGCUGUCACAUGAACAAGUCUCUCUGAAGCUGAUACUUUAAUUCACCACUGUGAGAAAUCAAAAUGAAAUGCAUCCAUCCAUCCAUUUAUCAUCCAUCCAUUCAUCAAUCCACCCUUUCAUAAUUCAUUGAUCCAUCCCUCAUCCUUUAAUCGGUCUAUCCAUCUGUUCUGGUUCGGAUGUUUUCUCUCUGAUUGUCUCCCCUAUUUCUGUCUCAGUGUUCAUUGUGACUUUUUGCUGCUGUGUUCAUUCAUUGAUCAGUUCACUGACUUCUUCAUGAAAAAUGUCACAUUGUGGCUGGCAGGGAAGCGAUCUGGGCAAAAUCAGGAUGGAUGGAUGGAUGGAUGGAUGGAUGAUAGUUGGAUAGAUAGAUUGAUUGAUUGACAGAUGUAUGUAUGUAUGUAUGGAUGGAUGGAUGGAUGGAUGGAUGGAUGGAUUUAUAGAUUGGUUGAUUGACCGAUGGAUGGAUGUAUGGAUGGAUUGGUUGAUUGACCCAUACAUGGAUGGAUGGAUGGAUUGGUCGAUUGACCGAUGGAUGGAUGGAUGGAUGGAUGGAUGGAUGGAGAGAUUGGUUGAUUGGUUGAUUGACCCAUGCAUGGAUGGAUCGAGAGAUUGGUUGAUUGGUUGAUUGACCCAUGCAUGGAUGGAUGGAUGGAUGGAUUGACGGACUAACGGACGGAUGGAUGGAUGGAUGGAUGGAUGGAUGGAUGGAUGGAUGAAUGGAUGGAUGGAUGGAUGGAUGGAUGAAUGGAUAGAUGUUUUUAGGGCACUCAUUAUGCUGUAGCAGAGACAGUACAGCAUGUCUCCUAUUGAAGAUUUUCUCAUGUCCCUGUCUCUGAAUGUAUCCUCUAUACAGAUAUCAACAUUAUUAAAGUUAUGGACUGUAUCAGUGAUGAUCCCUCUUUAUAUUCCUCAGAUUUCAAUGUGUUUAGGACUCCGGACCAGGUAUGAAACCACAGAUUGUUUUGUUUCUAUCCAGACUCUACCUGACCCAAACAUUGUUUAGCAUAAUCCAUUUUUUGAUUUAUUUAUCAUAUUUAGCUUCCUAUGUAUAUGUGGCCAGCUCUUCCUCUGUUUGAGUACAGAGAUCAGUCCCCCAGCAUGGUGCCUGAGACCCCUCCACAGCGGUAAGAUCCAAAGACAGACUGUGAGUGUGUUACUGACUAGACAACUCUUGAUGAGGAUUACAACUGAAAUUUAUCAGCAGAGUCUGUAGCAGUUUGUCACCAACAGUCGACUGUGAGGUCACCUCAGGAAAUCCUGUCUGCAGAGUUUUUUCAAGGAAACCUUGUCGCUGCGCCAGAUCCCGGUGCCUUAAACUGUGAGUUACAACAUUCACUUCUUAUUUACCUGAGGCAUCCACCUGUGAAAACGCAGUUACUUGGUUUGGUGUGAGAGUUUUCAACAGGACAGAAAAACAUUCAUAAACACCUCUGAAGUGGACAGGACCAUAAAUCAGUGAGAAAAAAAUGUUUUGAAGGUGGAUCCAUGUGACUAUCUUUAGCAUAAGAAGUCAGGAGGAGGUGACACUGUGAGACAGUAAAGAAAACCAGCUUAGAGAGCUGAGUAAUAUCUAAAUAUUGGCAGCAGAGACACACUCACAGAUGGAGUCUGACAUUCAUAUUGUUUGUGUCUUGCAGCUACUGUGAAUGUUUUGCUAACGGACUGAUGUGCUACAGCUGUGAAUGUUCCAACUGCUUCAACAACCCUGAGCAUGUGAUGGAACGUCGGGAGGCGAUCAAGGUGUGUGAUGAGCCAGUAAAAACAAAUCUAAAAGCUAAAACGGUAAGAGCUGAAUGUGGGGAUUAAAGCAUCUCUUUCUCCAGAAACAUGCAGGAGACUCUUGUGUAGCUGUUGUCCCUGUUUUAGAGCUUCUGCAGGUUCAAACUCCUGAGAAAAGCUCUCAUUUUGGGGGUUAAGUUAUGCUCCUCUGCUGACCUUGUCCUCUACAUGUGUUUGUUCUGAUGAAAAAUCUCAUCCUGUUUGUUGUUAUCAGUCCGCUGUAUCAUUCAUCAUGACUAAUGGAGGCGGAAAAAUGGAUGUGCUGUUAAUCACCUACCUGUUGCCUGUUCAGUAGGACCCCUAGAGAGAUAAUUCAUCUUUAUUCAGUCUGUCAUAACCUGAUUAAAACUCCUCACAGCAGCUUUAAACAUGCUGCCAGUGGAGCAGUUUUUUGUUGACUGAAUCCAACAUUGUACUGAUGGAGGGAGAACUUCCUGUGAUUUCUCUCAUACUAAAGGUCCUUACACACCGGGGCCGACACAAAUAUAGAACGAGGCGAAUUUUGACGCGCCUGACUAUACACAUCAAGUCCGAUGCGAUUUUGCGACUGUCCAGGGGGAAAAAGACGCGUCCCGGGUGGAGAAGGCUGACACAACAGCAGACUGACUGUUUUCAGUUCUGGUGAGAGACUAGUGUUGAGAUGGCUGUCUGUAGCAUGUAGCAUACUAUUCUGCUGGACUAUAGAUAGCAUGUACUGAGUCGGGGCCAGUACCAGAUAAGCACAUUAAACUAUAAUCCAUAAACGUAAAGUAACAACCGAGACCUAAUGGUGCUGUGACAACAACACAAUUGAGUUUAAGACAGUGAAAAUACAUAUAGUAUGUUGCAUCUGAACAGGUUAGCUUACGAGCUAAAGUUACUUAGCACAGAUGAAAGUUAAAACAAAGACGUUUAGCAAACUGUUAAAGCACACGAACCAUCAUGAUAUGAGAGAUCCGACGCUAUGACUCUCCACAAGUUGUCCUUCAGGUCGUUAUCUUUGUAAUGUUUUUUUUUAAAAAAGCACUCUGUUCUCCGACACGUAAACAAUUAGCCAGUCGGCCAUGUUGGAUAUACUGGUGAAUCACACAUCGCAACAACACGCAAUCUGAUUGGACCGUGAUCCAAAAAAUUAAUGCCGCAAUAUCGCAGGACGGGAAAACGUCACUGAUGUGAACGCUCAUAUUGACAGGAUACAGGUUCGAAAAAAAAAUAUUGACGUCCGAAAUAAUCGCACGACAAAAACGGUCCCGGUGUGAAAGUAGUCAAAGCUGGUGGCUCUACCAGGGUCUGUUGGGGCCCUCUUCAAAAAUUUACAGAGGCCCCCCAACCAGAGUAUGCCAUCAUCAACAUCAUGUUACAAAUACUGUGUCUCUGGAAGAACCUGUUGGGCUUCCUUCCUCUCCUACAUGUUGAUGCUAAUCUGUGAAGUUUGCAGGAUGGCAACAUGGUUCUGAGAGGAUCCCGUAUCAGCAGUACAUGUGAUCUUCAUCUUGCUUGGAGCUGUAGGAUGUCUGACUACUGUGUGAGCUGACUGCUAAUCAGUCACACAGCAGCUGAUCGACUGUUUGAGGUGCAGCAGACAGGGAGUCACAGAGAGUUGGGCCGACUGCAUCGAUUGGUGUAAUUGGAGCUUCAGUCAGGGUGACAGGCAUCACUCUGUUAGCAGAUCUGAUCUGACAGCGCUGUGACAAGGACACACUCACUAGGAGACACACAACUUAGUUUGAGAAACUUGUGAGGGCCUGGAUCGACUGUUGUUCAUCUCAUAGAUGCUUAACCACCAGAGCGAGCACAUGACAAACACACUUGUCAUCUUCACUAUCCACUGUUCUUUAAUGUGAAACCAACCUGAUAGAAAAAGAGGAAAGUAAGGUUUUAAAGGUCCUUACACACCAGAGCAGACGCGAAUAUAGAACGCGAAAUUACAAAAUAUUCAGAGGUGAAUUUUGACGGGCCUGACUAUACACAUCAAGCCCGAUGCGAUUUUGCAACUUUCCGGGGGUAAUAGACGCAUCCCGGGUGGGGUCUGGUUUUCCUUCCUUACAGAUCAGGACCUCUCACGGGAGCUGCAGUUUUAGAGAUGCUCUGACCUGGUUUUUGAACCUUCAUCGUUUUGUUGUCAAACAUGCUGUUAAUCCUAUAAUGCCCUUUUUUCUUGUAUUUACACAUUAACUCUGAGGACUAAAUGUUUACCUGCUGCCUGACAGAUCUGGUUCUCUGACAGAUGACACUGUAGAAAGGUAACCCCAGUCAAUGACUUUGCCUGACUGUGGUCAUGAUAUCGGAACUGGUUCAUGGUCAUGGAUGUUAACCAUUCUCUCCUUUUGUAAUGCAAAUUGAUGUCUUCAUGUCAAACUCAACCUCUGUGUCUUUGACUAAUACUUUCACAGUUUUGACUGGUAUUUUCCCAGUCCCUCUCAAUCUUUUAAUACUGGUGUUGUCGUUUCGUAGGUACAUGCAGGUAGAAACCCGGACGCCUUCAAGACAAAGAUUGUUUUAGGAGGGUCAGGAGAGGUCGAAGCCUGGCUCGAGAGGGGCUGCAAGUGUAAACGCUCGGGCUGCCUGAAGAACUACUGCCAGUGUUAUGAGGUUCACACACAGGCGCACACACACACACACACACACACACACACACACACACACACACACACACACACACACACACACACACACACACACACACACACACACACACACACACACAAACCAGAUAAGAUAAGAAGAACUUUAUGAUCCCUGAGGGAAAAUUCGAUACCUGAUUGAAUUGUAUAGAAUUCAAACAAUAUCACUUACUGGCAGAAAGACUACAUUUUGAGGUGAUUGAGUUCUUCAUGUCUAAGUUCCUAAUUUAAAACUGGACUCACACACUCUUCACGACCUUCAUGAUUAAGAAUUGCUAUCAUGUUUUUAUGAUGUGUUUUUUAAAAUCAGGAAGCACAGAUGCAGAUUUUUAAAUACUUACUUUUAUACUUAUUCUCCAAUAUAGUUUCAUUUUUGUGUCCUGGUAAAAGUUUAGUGGUUGCAAUCUUCUUUCAAAAUAAAAGCACUCAAAGACUUUAUAAAUCACAUGCAGUUGUUUAGGUGUGUCUCAACAUUAAGGCUAAUUUUUGUGUUUCCCUGUGUGUGUUUUUAUGUGUGUGCAGGCCAAUGUCAGGUGUACCCCCAGCUGUAAGUGUAGUGGCUGUAGAAACUUUAAAAACAAGUCAGAAACUGGAGAGAGUGAGAGUACCACCAAGGACAAGGACAAGUGAGUCAUGAAUUUUGUGAAUCUACCCAUACAAACUCUACUGGUAGUCCAGAGCAGGUGUAGAUUUAGUUAGUAGCUACGAACAAAUCUGAACUCUGAAAACAUUGAUGAAUGCCCUUUUGCGGUAUAUUUCAUUCUGUUCACAGUAUACACAAAUUUGCUCUGCUCACGUUUCAUGAGUGAGACUCAAUGUGUGAGUGUGUGUGUGUUUGUGUGUGUGUGUGUGUGUGUGUGUGUGUGGGGGGGGGUGUCUGUGUGUGGGUGUCUGUGUGUGUGUUUUUACUAGCUGUCCUGGGUCGGUGAUUACCCAUGAAGUCGUGGAGGCGGUGUUUGGAAGUCUGCUGGCUCGGGCUGAGAGGGCGGCGAAAGAGGGUCAAAGCUCCACCCAGGCUGAGCAGGAGGUCCUGGAGGAGUUUGGACAGUGCAUGGCACAGAUUGUCAAAGCCAUGUUCGAGUGAAACACACUGAAGACUCGCAGACCAAACUGUCCUCCAGACUGCCGCACUGCUCUUUUGUUUCGUUUGAUGUUCACAAUAGAGG